UUCAAACAGGAAACAAAACUAAACGUCUAGCGUUCAGACAUUUGUAGUCCAAACCCAUUUUCCUCUUCGCUAUAAUAACAAAAAAACGUGUUACUAACUUACACGCAAAGUCUUCUUCACAUCACACACAUUAUUAACACCCACUUCAACACACACCACUCGAUUCACCAAAAAAAAAAAAAAAAUUAAAAAAGAAAAACAAAUUCUGCAAAAAUGGCUUCUUUACUCUUUCCACCACCACCGUCAACAACCACAGCAACCACCACAAACCGUCGCUUAUUUCCUCCUCAUUCUCUCCACCACCCAAAACCCACAACUCGCCGACCACAACCACCGUCAUCUCGCCGGAAAAAGCUUCUUCUCCCACUCCACGUGGCAGCUCCGCCGUCUCCCACCACCACAGAUUCUUCUUCAAUGGAUAUUGAAACCGAAGAAGCUGAUGAGAAGUCUUCGUCUAAAUUCUCGUGGAAAGAUCAUUGGUACCCGGUUUCGUUAAUUGAAGACCUUGACCCGACCCGACCCACCCCUUUUACUCUCCUGAACCGGGACCUUGUUAUAUGGUUUGAUAAAGUUAAUGACCAGUGGGUUGCUUUGGAUGAUAAAUGCCCUCAUCGUCUUGCUCCUUUAUCUGAAGGGAGGAUUGAUGAGAAUGGGCACUUGCAGUGUUCUUACCACGGAUGGUCUUUUGACGGAUGCGGGUCGUGUACUCGGAUCCCGCAGGCGUCAUCGGAUGGACCAGAAGCUCGGGCGGUUCGAUCGCCGAGAGCUUGUGCUACCAGGUUCCCAACAAUGGUGUCUCAAGGGUUGUUGUUUGUGUGGCCUGAUGAAAAUGGCGUGGAAAGAGCUAAAGCCACCAAGCCUCCAAUGUUGCCGGAUGACUUUGAAAAGCCCGAAUUUUCUACUGUGACGAUUCAACGUGAUUUAUUCUACGGCUAUGAUACUCUAAUGGAGAAUGUUUCUGAUCCCUCACACAUUGAUUUUGCCCAUCAUAAGGUUACUGGUAGGCGAGAUAGAGCUAAACCACUGCCGUUUAAGAUGGACUCAACUGGCCAUUGGGGAUUUUCAGGAGAAAAUGAAGGGAAUCCGAAAAUCAGUGCCAAGUUUAUUGCACCUUGCUAUUAUAUAAACAAAAUCGAAAUCGACACAAAACUCCCUAUUGUCGGUGACCAAAAGUGGGUAAUAUGGAUCUGUUCCUUCAACGUACCAAUGGCACCCGGAAAGACGCGUUCCAUCGUGUGCAGUGCUCGGAACUUCUUUCAGUUUACGAUGCCCGGGCCCGCAUGGUGGCAGGUUGUUCCACGAUGGCACGAACAUUGGACUUCAAACAAAGUAUACGAUGGAGAUAUGAUUGUGCUUCAAGGUCAAGAAAAGUUCUUUUUGUCGGCACAAUCAACGGAUGGAUCUAUUGAUGUGAACAAACAGUAUACGAAACUUACGUUUACACCCACACAAGCGGACCGGUUUGUGUUGGCGUUCAGAAACUGGCUUAGACGACAUGGCAACAGUCAACCCGAGUGGUUUGGCGAUGCCAAUACCCAAUCAUUGCCCUCCACGUAUCUUUCAAAACGCGAGAUGCUGGAUAGAUACGAACAACAUACGCUCAAGUGUUCUUCAUGUAAAAAGGCUCAUAAAACAUUCGAGACUCUGCAGAAGUUGUUAACCGGAGCCGCUGUUGUGUUUUGUGCUGCUGCUGGUGUGCCUCCUGAGAUCCAGUUACGACUUAUUUUUGCAGGGCUGGCAGUUUUGAGCGCUGGAUUAGCUUAUUACUCUCAUCAACUCCAGAAGAACUUCGUUUUUGUUGACUAUGUUCAUGCUGAGAUUGAUUGAUCGAUUGAUCAAACGUUAAAUAAAUGUUUUUGUAAGCUGGUCCAGUGGUCAUAGAUAUUAGAGUAUUCGGUUGGUUCAUGAAUGUAUAGUUAAUUAGAUUGUAUUUGUAUUGUCUGAAGUCGAAACCAAGAUUUGUGUGCAUAUAAAACUGGUCUUGUUUUAGACUCU